AUGAGCAGUCCAUUUAUGUCAUCCGAUUACACAGCUGAAAGCUGCCCUGCCAUGAGCAUGUUUAAUAUGUCCAUGGGAAAACUGCAGCGACAACUGUACAAGGGAGAGUACGCUAUAUUCGAGUAUGCAGCCGUGUUUGAGAGCGACUUUAUCCAGAUCAACAAAAGAGGAGAGGUGAUGGAUGUGCACAACCGCGGCCGCACAGUGACAGUGGGCGUCCUCUGUUCCAGCCCCAGCCUCAAGGUGCCUGACGUCAUGCUGCUGGCACGACCAGCUGCCAGAUGUGAUGGGCAUGCCACAUGCGGCUGUGCCACCCACCGUAAAGGCCACAAGUCUGCACAAACCUUGGAGCUAACUAGGCUGCUUCCCUUGAAGUUUGUAAAGAUCUCCAUCCACAAUGGUGAAAAACAGCAGCUCCGCCUGAAGCUUGCCACUGGCCGCUCAUACUACCUUCAAUUGUGUCCUUCUUCAGAUGCAAAAGAAGAUCUUUUUAUUUACUGGGAAGAUCUCAUUUACCUCCUGAGCCCUCCAAUGGAGGCUUACAGCGGUACCCAGGCUGUCCCAGCUGGGGAUGCAAUGGACAUGCUUGUGUUUAAGGAAGAGGACAAGAGCCUAGCAGCACACACCACAGAGAUCUGUGGGAAAGAGGAUCAAGAACGGGUCAGCAUCAGGAGCCUUCAUAUGGAUGCUGAGGUGUUUGGGACCAUCUCUUCUGGUCAAGCUGGGGAGGAAGAAAUCCAACAUUCCUCCCACAUAUACUGUGUUCAAGAAAACACAUACUCCUCCAGCCACACAACACAGAGUGCCUGA